AGUAAUGCGCUCUUGACGGCUGACGGCUGUGUGCAGUGAAUGAGAAAAAACAUGGCGGCGUCCUUGGUCAGACAAACAAAAUUGCUGUCGAUUGUGAGCAGCCAGUUAAAUUCUGCUGCAUGUUUCAGGAACAUUCACUGCACUGCAGCUUGUUUGAAGAACCGUGCAGCUCGUAUUCGAGUGGGUAAAGGAGACAAGUCAGUGACUUAUGAGCAGGCGUAUCACCCUCAUCACAUCGGGCACAGGAAAGGCUGGCUCUCGCAACACACCAGUAAUCUUCAGGGUGAAGAUGGAGCGGCGGAGCGUGUUGUGGAGGAUGUCUUCAUCAGACGCUUCAUGUACGGCACGUUUCACGGCUGUUUAGCGGAUGAGGUGGUGAUCAAACGCAGAGGAAACCUCCUAGUCAUCUGUGCUGUGAUGAUACAGAAACUCUUACCGUCAAAAUUCUACUUUCUCAUUGGUUACACAGAGGAACUGCUCUCACAUUUCUACAAAUGUCCUGUUCAAAUCGAGAUGCAGACGGUAGAAGAAAAAGUAGUCUACAAAUAUCUCUGAGGCCAUGUCUUGUGUGUUUAGAACAUUGCUAUUAAAGGGAGAAGCUUAAGGAAUUUCUCUUUAUUUUUGUUUUACACUGUCCAGUAAGUGUAAAUGAAGUUUAAAAAAAAAUGUUUUGUGAGAAAUCAUUAGUAAAAAUAUCCACACGGUGGUGACGUGAAAGG